CCCUUGUCUUCCUGCAACUGCAUCCGAGGCAUGCUGCGCGAGCAUUCUGGACGCAAUUAAAGCAGCGACACGACUGACUGCUGCUGCGACGGCGACGGCGACGGCGACAGCGACCGGCCAGGACGACCCCCGGAAUCGAAGCCAGGCACGGACGCCAGCAGGCCGGGGAAAAGAAAAAAACCGGUUUCCAUACAGAGUACAUGUAGUCUACUAUACUGCUGCUAUACUGCUGCUAUACUGCUGUAAUACUGCUGUAAUACCUCCUGCAUGCGCCCGUCAUCGGCUCGCCUGCAAACCUCACCUCCAUCCUCUCCCUGGCCAACGCGCCGGCAAGCAUGUUGCGCAGGGAACGAUAGUCGCGGUCGCUCCUGAGCAGAAUGCCAUGCAUUGAGCCUGCCUGCCUGCCCCUUCGUUGCCCUCCAUCGCUCGCUGAAAAUGAGAAUCGCCAUCCGGGAGCAGCUCGCAGCGCUUGUCCUCUCGGCCGUCCUCGUUGCCCUCGCCAUCAUCUCCAUCCCGACAUGGAUCUACGUCCACAACUUCGUCGUCGACGUCGAGUCCAGCGGCCUGGCGCUGACGGCGUCGCUCAAGGCCUCCGAGAUCGCCUCCGAGCUGCAGCUGGCGCAGACCAUCUGCCAGACCGUCGCCACCCGCAUUCUGCUGCAGCAGGCCUUUGUCGACUUCUACAACCGCAACUCGUCCGACCCCUUUGCCAAUGCCCGCACCGACCUGGAGAGCGCCAUGAGCUCUAGCCGCCUCACCGGCCUGCUGCAGGCCCGGCUCUUCUCGCGCAACACGACGGGCGGCGGCCACGAAGGCCUCCUCAGCGUGACCGGCGCCGGCGUGGGCAAUGCCACCGACAACAUCCUGCUUCCCUACCUCGCGCCAGACGGCUCCAGGGUCAACCUGAGCGACACCGAGUAUGGGUACCCCCCAUCGCUCUACCCAAACAUCACAUACACGAACCUCGGGUAUCCAAACCCGUACGUCCCGUCGACCCCGGCCUUUGGGGCCUAUGCCUUUCCAAACGUCAACCUGAGCACCGGCGGCGGCCUUCUCCUUGGUCCGCUGGUCAUCAACGAGACCUUUGCCUUGUUGUCUCUCACCAUCCCGGUUAGGUCUCUCACCAUCCAGGGCUUCAUUCUGGGCUACAUGACGCUCAUUGUCGCGGCGGGCUCUCUGACCAGCGUCCAAAUGUCACCCGAAGGCUUGGGCUCGACGGGUGUCGUCCUCCUCGUCGGGCCGGCCAAUCCUUCUAAUCGCUUCAAUGCAUCUUCACCAGCAAGCAACGACACGUACUCUCCCUCGGAAGAUGGAUUCAAAAACAUUCCUGCUCACUUCGUCAUCCCCCCCGUCCCAAUCCCUGGGCAACCCGAUCGGCAUUCUGAGCGCAACUACGAUGACGGCAAAAAUUAUGCACGUCCAUUUCCGCUCCAUUCAUUUCCAAGCCUGCAGAAAGUGUAUACUCAGAGGCUCUCUUCGACCAAUAACUCCACUGUAGCCUUGUCAACAACCAAUGAGCAAGGCGUUGCCGUUGCUGUAGGCGUCGCUCGCCCGGCAUCCACCCUCGUCGACUGGGCCAUCGUCAUCGAAAAGUCCAAAGGAGAAGCCUACCAGCCUAUUAAUCAGCUGAGAGAUAUCCUUUUGGGGUGUGUUUUUGGGACUGCCGGCCUUGUUGCAAUUCUAGUCUUUCCCUGCGCACACAUCAGCGUACUAUCCAUCCGGCGGCUCAAGUCCGCGACAGAGAAAUCUAUCAACCCCCCAGGAUAUGAUGACGAGUUUGACGAUGGGUUUGAUGAAGAGCACCCAAGCUCAGGAGCUACGAGUUCCAAGCGAUCGGACAGGGGCUUUUUCGGGACCAUCUGGCGGAGGAUAUGGCCGCAGAAGAAGGUUAAGCCGAUAAGUGAAGAUGACGCUCACCGACACGUCUUCAAAAUCCCUGCCAGAGUUGAGGUUGGCAAACACUUCAUCACCGACGAGUUAACGGAGCUCUCGCAGACGUUUAAUGAAAUGUCAGAUGAGCUGUUGAAGCAGUAUACGUCUCUUGAGGACAAGGUUGCCGAGAGAACGCGAGAAUUAGAAAUAAGUAAAAGAGCGGCGGAGGCUGCCAACGAGAGCAAGACAUUGUUUAUCGCCAACAUUUCUCACGAACUGAAAACACCGCUGAAUGGUAUCAUGGGCAUGUGCGCUGUUUGCAUGGAAGAGGAUGACAUUGUACGGAUAAAGCAUUCACUCAAGACACUUUAUAGAUCAGGCGACCUCCUGCUGCAUCUUUUAGAAGAUCUGCUUAGUUUUUCCAAAAACCAAAUUGGCCAGCAUGUGAGCCUUGAGGAGAGAGAAUUUCGCCUAGGCGACAUCAAAUCACAAAUGCUUUUUACUUUCGAUAAACAGGCUCGCGAGAGCGACAUUACCUUUACCGUCAGCUUUCUUGGGAGCGAGAAUAUUGAACUGGAUGGAAUCCUGAAUGAUAGUGCAUUGGAGAAGAGACUGCCUGCCCUAGGCCCCAAUGGCAUGGGCAGACUGAAGGAUGCUUAUGUCUGGGGAGAUCAGCAUCGAAUCUUACAAGUCAUGAUCAAUCUGGUCAACAACAGCUUAAAGUUCACACCGGCCGGGGGGAAAGUGCAGCUUAAGAUUCGGUGCAUUGCCGAGGUCGAGCGGGCCAAUAAUGAUAGCAGGACUUCGUCUUUGUCCAAAAGUGGCUCUGCGAGAGUUGGGCGCAGCCGGCAUCGAGGCAGCACGGGAUCUACGCGCUCUGCUAACUCUAGAGCUACAAACACCUCUUCAACGGUCAAAGGUGGCACUGCUCUUAGCAUUAAUCCCAUGGACCCCAAGGCUACUCCUCACGUUCAAAUCCGAGAGAGGUCGCCAACGCCGCCUCCGCCAAAUGCAAAGCCUUAUAUAUUCGAAUUUGAAGUAGAAGACACUGGCCCAGGUAUUCCCGAACAUAUGCAAGAUAAGAUUUUCGAGCCCUUUGUACAAGGCGACCUUGGUCUUAAUAGAAAGUUUGGAGGGACAGGCCUUGGAUUGAGCAUCUGUUCACAGCUUGCUAAAUUAAUGGGCGGAUCGAUCGCUCUUAAAAGCACCGUGGGUGUAGGGUCGACUUUUACGAUGCAGAUCCCUCUCAAAUACGUCAAAGAUCGUCCGCCAAGUACGGCUUCUAGUAGCACGAAUUCGAGGCCGACAAGUGUCAGGUCCACAGCUGCUGCAGACGGUCACCGAAAUUCCAUGAACGGCUCCGCAUCUCCCCUACAAGAGCCAAAAUCCAAAAGCACGCCUGCUUUGAUAGAAAACAAACUACCGCGUCUUGUGGGCCUUAGUGCCCCCUUUUUCGCUGCCAAGCCCUCGUCACCCAGCAAAGAUGAUAAAAUCGCCACAGCGGUCAUUGAUAAGGCAAUGGCAAAUAAAACAGGCAAGGGCAAGUUGCGCGUGUUAGUUGCCGAUGAUAACGCAACCAAUGUCGAAGUCGUCAGCAGGAUGCUCAAGCUUGAAGAUGUCUACGAUGUUGCCAUUGCUAAAGACGGCCAAGAAGCUUAUGAGCUGGUCAAAGCCAGCAUGGAGAAGAAUCAGCGUUUCGAUGUCAUAUUCAUGGACAUCCAGAUGCCAAAUGUUGACGGCUUACAAUCAACGCGACUUAUUCGAAAGAUGGGCUACGUGGCGCCCAUCGUGGCGCUUACUGCUUUUUCAGAAGAGAGUAAUGUAAAAGAGUGUAUAGAAUCAGGGAUGGAUGAAUUUUUGAGCAAGCCCAUACGGCGGCCAGCCCUGAAAAAAGUGCUAAAAAAGUUCGUCACGAUUCCGGAGGAGCCGGAGACGACUGCUUCGACGAAAGAAAAGGUAUCAAAUUCACAUACAGUAAACGGAAUGAAUGGGAAAUAUAAGAAAGAAGCGCAUAUAGAUUAAUAUAAUUUUCAUUAAUUGGUUAUCCGAAAAGAGCCUCGAAGCGCAGUGUCUAAUUGCGUGAACACGUGCUGGGAAAUUCUUACGUCCUGUAUCACGUCGCUAGACUUUCGAUAGUUUUAAUAAUAACAAAAGC